UGACGUCACUGUUUUCCGUCACGUGACCAGUCGCCGCCAUAUUGGGACCGCGGGUGGACUACGGAGUCGAUGGUUAACUACACUUUCCUCGAUAUACAGUGACUUUGACCUUAAUUGUGCUUGAAAAUAGUGUGCGAUCAAGUUGGAUCUCCAACACGAUGUCGGAGAGUGAGGCAACUGCUGGACUGGAGGAGUCUGCAGCUGAGAGUGAGAAGGUGAAAGCAAUUAAUGGAAUGAAGGAAAUGGAAGAGGUCAAACUGCAGAAUGGGGAAUCUGAGAAACCACAAAUAAAUGGCGAUGUAGAAAAGGGUGACGAAUUUGAACGAAAUGAGGAUGAGCCAAAUGGGAGGCCUGAAGAUAGUGGGCACAGAGACAGUGAAGCUGUUCACAUACAGAAUGACACUUAUGCCUCAGAAAAAGCAAUGGAGGUAGAUGGUGUAGUGGCCAAUGAAGUUCAUACAGAAAAUAAAGAGGAGGAGGAGGAGGAGGAGGAGGAAGAGGAAGAGGAAGAGAUGGAUGUGACUGAAGAAACAGUGGAGCUAAAUCAAAGUGUUAGUGAUAGUGCAGAGAAGGGCAAUGAACAGGAGAUUAAGGAGGUAAAAGAUAAAAGUGAAAUGGAAAAAAGUGAAGAGGGAGUAAAAGAAAGUGAAGGUAGAGAGAAAGAAAAGGUGGGAGAGAAAAAAGUGGUGAGAGAAAGAAAAAAUAAUAGAGAAAGAGGUAAAGUGGGAGAGAAAGAAAGUAAAGAGGGAGAAAGUAAAAAUGAAGAGAAAGAGAAAAAGGAUAAUGGAGAAAAAGAAAAAGAGAAAAAAGAUAAAGAGAAAAAGGAUGAGAAGAAAGAGGAGGUAGUGAUAGAGGAUAAACCGGAAAAAGACAAGGAGAAAAAAGUUGAAGAAAAGACUAAGCCUACUGCAAAAUCAAGAAAAGGUGGAAAAAACUCGGCAAAAGACAACUCGGAUGACAUACAGGAAGUGCCGAUCAGGGAAACUCGACAGCUUAGAGUUCGCCGAACACCAAGGAAGUACACCGAGGAUGACGACGACAUUAAAAUAACCAAUGAAGUGAUAAAGGAUGAUAGCAGUGAUAUUGAAAUGAUAGAAGAGAGUGAUCCUUUGGCAAUAAGUGAUGCGGAUGUCAAAAAGCUGACACAGAAGAAGAAAGAGUUAAAGUCAAAGGAUCCAAAUGUAAUCAUUAUUGACACCAACACUUUGCUGAAGAAUCAAGGUAAUCUUGCAGCAGCUGUAGCACAGUCGUCCACUCAGGUCCAAACCGUCACUGCUCGUGGCACAUCAACAAACACAGCUGCUGCAACAGCAGUGUCAAACCUUAAUAUUCAAAAUGCCAUUCAAGCCAUCACAGGUGGAGUACCAGCACAAGGCUUGCAGUCAGCAUACAUCACUGCAUUGCAGCAGGUACUGCUGGCUCAAGGUGGGCAGGUUCCCAUGAACUCUCAGCAUUUGGCCCAGCUGCAACAAUAUUAUAACAGUUUAGGUCAUUUGCAGGAUGACGCCUAUGUGAUUGAGGCGCCAUCGUUUAUUGUGCCCUACGUUAUGGAGGGGAAGCCAAAGGAACCAAUUAAAGCCUUCUUGCGUAGAAUCAACAAAGAGCUUGAGGAAUUUGAGAAGAAAGAGAAAGAGGAGGAAGAGAAGAAAAAGAAAAUUCAAGAAGAAAAAGAAAAGGCAGAACAAGAGGAAAGAAGGAAAUUAGAGGAGGAGGAGAGGAAGAAAAGGAUAGAAGCAGGUGAAGAAGUGGAGGAAACUAAAAAGGAAACAGAUGGUGAAAAGGAAGAAGAAAUGGAGACAGAUGCGAGUGAAAAGAGUGACAAGGGUGAAGACAAAUCUGACACUAAGGAAAAUGACACUGAAAAGAGUAAGGACAAGGAAGAUAGUGGCAGUGAUGCUGUUUUGUGUAGUAAGAAAGAUGAAAAUGGGGGUAAAGAUGGGGAUAAAAAGGAAACUGAAAGUGCAGUAAAGAAGGAUACUAAUGAAGAAAAGGGAAAAGGAACAGAAAAAGAAAGUAAGAAGGCCGUAGAAAAGAUAGACAAAGAAACAGCUGUGGUGGAUGAUGACGAUAAGGAAAAUAAAGAUAAAAGUAGUGAUACAGACAGUGUGGUAGAUUUAGAGAAAGAAAUCAAGAAGAGAGCGGCAGACGACAUGAGUCACCUUGGAAAGUGGGAGCCUUACUAUCGAAGUGCUCUGGGUAAAUUCGUAUUGGACUUGGGCUUAAACCAGGCACAAGAAUUCCUCCAGCAAGAUCUUUUGCGGAUGCAGAAGAGAAAGCUAGAUAAGAUGAAGACUACUCCGUCCAGAGAAGGAAUUCUAUCGGUCAAAAUGUUAGAAAGACAAUUAGAAUUUACCCGGGAGAAGAAUGCUCACCUCAGCGUGCCACUUAAGAUUUGCAGAUUCUGCAACUUCAAAACGGAAAGCGAAUUGGUGAUGGACAGACAUUUGGAGUCUCCUCAUAUGGUUAAUUAUACUUAUAAGUGCAACUUCUGCGACUUUGAAACGCGUGGACCUCAGGUAAUAUUAUUUCACAUGGAAGCAGAACACAACGUUCGUGGACGCUUGGAACGUGCCCCAGCAUUUUUUCAGUGUUCCCUAUGUCCAUAUGAAGAUAACAACAAAUCUAAAAUGACAAGACAUUCAUUUUCUUGUAGCAAAAAGUACAAGCCAGAAAAGAACUGUGAACUGAUAGAUUGGGAGCCUCCAGCGAAGAUUCCGAAGGUAUUACAUAUUCAUCGUGGCCGGCCCAACACUUUAGGUAAGGCCUUUGAGCCAGUGAAGAUGCCCAACCUAUUACCGAAAAACUUGGCAGGAAUGAACAUAAGUAUACAAUCUGCAGUUGCUUCAAAUCUUUUGUCAUCGGCAAACGCAGCAUCACUAGCAGCAGGACGGGGGCGAGGUAGACCUGUGGGUUCAUACAAGAACACAGGGCCCUUGCCCACCCAAGGUCGAGGAGGUACAACAGCAAACUUGGUGCAGCAAGUAUCUGGCAGUACACAACAGUUCACCCUUGGUAACCAGAUGUUCCAUCUUGUCAAUGGCCACCUGGUCCCAAUGUCGAGUGCAGCCGGCUCAGUGAGCAGUGUUUCCGUAUCUUCACAGUCGACAGCGAGAGUGCCACGCAUCUUACCGUCCUCGUCAUCCUCCUCUGUCAGCCUCAUUCCUGGACUGGGAGCGUCGUCAUCUAUCACCAUACAGAGUGUACAAAGCAAGGCAGGGAAUACGAAGUCCCCACAGCAGCCGAGCAUCUCUAUUACGCCGCUUCCACGGGGAGGCCAGCAGCAGACACAAAACCUUAAUAAGGGGUCCACACCAACACGGGAUUCCAGUGGGAAACCGUCCUUUGUCAUAUGUGAAAUUUGUGACGGUUACAUUAAGGACCUAGAGCAACUGCGGAACCAUAUGAACCUGAUUCACAAAGUGAAGAUCCACCCAAAGAUGAUUUAUAACCGCCCACCGCUCAACUGCCAGAAGUGCCAACACCGCUUCUUUACAGACCAGGGUUUAGAACGUCAUCUACUGGGUACCCAUGGGCUGGUAACUUCGUCCAUGCAGGAGGCAGCCAACAAGGGCAAGGAUGCUGGACGGUGUCCGAUUUGUGGCAAGGUGUUCCAAUGGAAACUCCUCAACCAUGUUAGCAGAGACCACAAGAUGACACUAAAACCAGCUCACUUAUCUUACAAGUGCACAGUGUGUACGGCCACCUUCAAUAUGUAUAGGCUCUUCGAAAAUCAUGUCUAUUCUGCACAUUCUGUUGUUAACAAAAACAAAGGGGAGGGAGGCAAGAAGCAGAGCUCUGGAGGUUCUGGGUCCUCAGACUCUCCUCUUAAGAUUAAUGAUGAGAUUACCAUCAUUCCCCAGCCCGCAGUCAAAACGCAAAAGUCGGAUAAGUCCAUGUCUUCGGGGAAGAAGUCAGAAGGCACGGUGAGUGUAAAGAUUGGGUCGCGUUUACCAUGACAGGUGAGCAUCCUGGUACAAGAUCAUAACAUAUGGAUGUGGUCUAGUAUCCUGGUUUUGCAAUUAGAUUUUAAAAUACUACCAUGGCCCUUGUAUCCUAAAUUUAUUUGACUUAAUAUUUUUCAAA